AUGUUACCCGAGCACUUCACACUCAACACUGGCGCAAAGAUCCCUGCCGUGGGCUUCGGUACCUGGCAAGCCGCUCCCAAUGAGGUCGAACGAGCUGUCGAAGAGGCGUUGAAGCAAGGAUACCGUCACAUCGACUGCGCUGCCAUCUACCGCAAUGAGAACGAAGUUGGCGCUGGCGUCAAGAAGUCAGGCGUCAAGCGUGAGGAUAUCUUCAUCACUGGCAAGCUAUGGAACACAAAGCACAGACCCGAAGAUAUCGAAGCUGCCCUCGACAAGUCUCUCAAGGAUCUCGACACCGACUAUCUCGAUCUUUACCUGAUGCAUUGGCCGUGUGCCUUUGCUCCUGGCGACAAGUUCUUCCCUCUUGACGACCAAGGCGUUUUCAAGCUCGACAACAUCGACCCAGCAGAAACAUACAAGGGCAUGGAGAAGCUUCUCAAGACCGGCAAAGUCAAGGCAAUUGGUGUAUCAAACUUCACGAUCGAAAAGCUUGAGGACCUCUUGAAAAAGACAUCCGUUAUUCCAGCUACCAACCAGAUCGAGGCUCAUCCCUACCUCCAACAACCUGAAUUGCUCAAGUUCUGCAAAGACAAAGGAAUCCUCGUCGAAGCAUACUCUCCCCUCGGCAACAAUCAAACCGGUGAACCACGCACAGUCGACGAUGCCCAAGUACACGAGGUUGGAAAAGAGCUGCAGAUGGACCCAGGAGUCGUCCUUGGUAGUUGGGGAGUACAAAGAGGCACAGUCGUCCUGCCAAAGAGUGUGACCCCUCACAGAAUUGCAUCGAACCUCAAGGUCAAAGAGCUGCCGGCUGGAGCCUAUGAUAAGCUCAAUGCACUUGAGAGACAUAAGCGAUUCAACUUCCCAGCCCGAUGGGGUUACGACAUCUUUGGCGAGAAAGGCGACGAAGCAGUCAAGAAGAUCGCGCAAGAAGCUGGAGAAGAGAACAAGACCAAGUUUGUGGUUUGA